GUGGCCGACGCCGUCAGCAAUGGAGUUUUCACCGACACGAAACAAUUUAAAUGCUACGUAAGCUGCCUGCUCGAAAUCAUGCAGGUUGCGCGCAGGGGCAAGGUGAACUAUGAAAAGUCACUCCGGCAAAUCGACACCAUGCUUCCGGAUGAUUUAAAGUCUGACUUCCGGACCGGACUAGAGGCGUGCAAGAAUGCUGCGAAGGACAUCAAGGACCAUUGUGAGGCUUCGUACGUUUUGGUGCAAUGCUUCUACAAAAAUAAUCCUAAAUUCAUUUUCCCAUAA